GCGGUUUGAGCGGAAAAAGAAUCGGAGAGACGAAGAGGGAGACAGGAGACUGGAGAGGCAGAAGCCGCAGAACUAGAGAAGAGUUGUUUUCCCUUCUUCAGAGUUAAGUGAGAUUUCUGGAGGAGAAAGAAAAGAGAAGGUGAGAGCAAUAGAGCAGAAAAUCGGUAGUAGCAGAGGAAGAACGAACGAGAAAUCGGAGAAAAGUCGGAAGAAAAGUAGAGCGAUUAACGGCAGUAUGAUGAAAUUGAGGUAUAUAAAGCCUGAGUAUCCUUCUGCGGUUACAUUUAGUGAAGAGGAAACGAAUGAGGGCGCGGAACAAUGGAAACAUUCUCUGGUUGGUUAUACUGUUGGUGCUAAACCAGGUUUUAUGUCGAUUUCCAACUAUGUAAGUAACGCUUGGAAGGAAUUUCAGCUACCUAAGGUUUAUCAGUUGAAAGAUGGUGUUUAUCUCUUUAAAUUUGAUAUCGAGGAGGCGAUGAAGGAAGUUUUGGAGCGAAGGUGGACUGUUGUUGAUAAAUUUCCUUUGGUUUUACAACAGUGGAGCCCUUAUUUGGACAUAAAUGAGCUGCCCCCUGUUGAAUCAGUGCCAAUACACAGAACUGUGAAUGGACACAUAGAAGACAUGGGAAUAAACAGUUGCUUAAAAAGUACUGUACUCAAGCGUCCUACUAAGAAAAUGUACUCCAGAGAGGAAAUGGAGGCCCUGAGGUUUGUUGAUACUGUAGAACAAAAGAAGUUGUGGAGUAAAAUAUGUGCUGGACUUGAGGCAGCUGUUAUGAGCGAGUAUGAUAAUUUGGCGAAGUCAAAGCAUCAGAAGGGCAUCUAUUUGGACUUUGAUCCUCGCCAAUGCUUGGGAAGAAAGGAAGAGGCCCCUGCAAUCCCUUGGGAGUAUUUUGGAAACAGGGAUAGUGUAUUGGAAAACCUGGAGGGUUGUGAGACUGAACGUGUAGAUCCUUCUGAUCAUACUUGUACUAAUGAUGUUGGAGAAGAUUCCUUUGCAGCAGUAGGAGACUGUAGUGAAGAUGAUGAUAGUGAUGAAGACUACGACAGCAUUCUUAAGCCUGCUUUCUUGGUAGAAGGAGAACCCAACUUUGAUGCUGGUCCAGCACAGGAUGGAUUAGAAUAUCUUAGGCGUGUCAGGUGGGAAGCUGCUCAGCUUCCAAAUGUGAAGGUUGUAAAGCUUGAAAAGUGGAAAAUCGAUAAAGUGCAAAGUAUUUACAUGCCCCAAAUACCUGAAAUUGCCAGCUGUCCAGACCCUUUGCUGCCACUAAAACAGUGGGAGGAUGAAUUUCUUUCUGAUUUCUUAGAGCUACGUCAGGUUAUUUUGCAUCUAGAGGACACCAGUAACAAUAUUUCUGGUAAGCUGCAACCAGUGUUUGUGAAGAGUUCCUCCUGUCAGCAUCCUGUGAGUGUUACCGAUGAGAGAUAUAACAACCUAACUACAGACAAAGUUAAUUCUUGUCAGUCAUCUUUAUCAAGUGCUACCAACAGGACAAUGUCACCAUUUCAUGAGGAUCUGAGUAGUUCUGAAACAACUGUGGGCGAUGGUUCUAAUGACUACCCAACUUUGUCUGUGAUUCAGAAGCUGGACUUUGUAGCCCGAGUGUCAAUGCUGAGGAAACGCAUAAGCUUGUUUGAGACCAUGGCAAACCUAUCAAAGAAAGAUUGUGCAUGGCUAUUUGCUUUAUGUGCAGCAAUUGAUACUCCACUGGAUGCUGACACUUGCGCCUCGCUCCGUAGCCUUCUCCGCAAGUGCGCUAGCUUGCGAGCUGAAAAGACCAAUGUAGAUGAUGAAGUUAUUAUGCUAAAUAUUCUUGCCACGAUUUCAGGCAGGUAUUUUGGGCAGUCAGAAAGUUGAAAACUAGCUAUUCAUAAAAGAUAUAAAUUUUGGUAUUGGGAUGUUCGCUAGGACUUCGGAGCAGUGGUCACAUUAAAGUCACUCUAAGCAAGGUGAAGUCGCCCAAAAAAGCACAUUCCAGUGAAAGAGGCAAAUGGAAUUCUUUCCUUGUAUGGCACCAUAAGGAGUUCCCAUGGCGAUCCCUUUUACUAACGACAAUUUUUUCCAAAAGCAACAGAUAUUUUGUGAUGAAAGGAGUAGGUACCUUUCGGCUAAAAUUCUUAUCAAUGCUUGUUUCUGGGCUUUGAAAAAGAUUUUCUUUACUGAAAAAGUUAAAGUUAAAUGCAAUUUUUUAAGAAAUGCUUGCAGUUUUUAUAAAAGUUGCUCUUCAGCUUCUAAAAGGCUGAAAGUUGUAAUUGAAACCCUGUGGCUUUUAAAGUUGAGUUUUGCGUGUUAAAUUUUUAAAUUUGAUAAUAUUUAAUAAUUUCUUUAAUUUUUA